AUGGCAUCUUCUGAAACACCAUCAUCACAACCACCAUCACAAGAAGCCCCUUCAGCUCAAAGUUUAGUUCAAACUAAUGUUAGAGGAAAGACUGAUAUAGCUUGGGCACAUUGUACUAAAAGUCCUGAUGAAAAAUCUCUUGUUUGUAUAUACUGUCACAAAGCUUUUGGUGGAGGUGGAAUUCAUAGGGUAAAGCAACACUUGACUGGAAUAGUAGGAAAUGUUGAAAUUUGUAAGUCAGUGCCUGCAGAAAUUCGUUUUCAGAUGAAACAACAUUUUAAUGAGCGGAGUAAGAAAAGAAAAACUUCAGAUAUGGCUGAAAGCGAGUCAUUUACUACCGAGGGGGAUGAAUUGCAAGUACAAACGAACCCACGGGUUGGUGCAUCUAAAAAGAAUGAUGCUCGCAUUGGUACUUAUUUUUUACCUAGAACAACUCCGGGAGCUCAACCUACUUUGAAAAGUGUGAUGCAAAGUAAAGAAGUGGUAGAAAAAUGUGAUCUUGCUAUUGCGAAGUGGUUUAUUGAUGCAUCUAUUCCUUUUAAUGCUGCAAAUUCGCCUUAUUUUCAACCUGCAGUUGAUGCUCUUUGUUGUAUGGGUGUUGGAUAUAAGGUUCCUACUAUGCAUGCCCUUCGUAGUAAUUUGUUAAAUAAGUGGGUUGAUGACGUGAAGAUACAGAUAGAGCAAUAUCGUUCUAUUUGGAAGGAUACAGGUUGUACUCUUAUGGCAGAUGGGUGGACUGAUUGUUGUAGAAGAACUCUUAUCAACUUUUUAGUUUAUUGCCCCAAAGGAACUGUUUUCAUAAAGUCUGUUGAUGCCUCUGGUGCUUCUAAAACUGCAGAAACAUUGUUUAAGCUUUUCAAGGAAGUAGUGUUGUAUGUUGGCCAGGAAAAUGUUGUUCAAGUCGUUACAGAUAAUGUUGCGAAUUAUGUUGCUGCUGGAAAGUUGUUGGAAAGGGAGUUUCCUAAGUUGUUUUGGUCUCCUUGUGCAGCACACUGUAUUAAUUUGAUGUUGCAAGACAUGGGGGAAAUUAGAGGAAGUAAGUGAGACAGUGUCACAAGCUUCAAAAAUUACCAAAUACAUAUAUAAUCAUUGUUUUGCAUUGUAUUUGAUGAGACAACAUACAGGUGGAAGAGAAAUACUUCGUCCUGCUCCAACCCGUUUUGCUACUAAUUUCAUUGCAUUGCAAAGUAUUCUGUCUCAUAAAGAUGCACUAAGAGUCAUGGUAACAUCCAAAAAGUGGACAACCACAACUUAUUCCAAAGAUGUCAAGGCAAAGCAAUUUGUGGAACAAGUCUUAGACUCAAGCUUAGUGCAUCUGGUUGUGAACGAAAUUGGAGUGUGUUUGAACACAUUCAUUCAAAAAAGAGAAAUAGGUUGGAGCAUCAAAAGCUUAACGAUCUCGUUUAUGUUCGUUACAAUUUACGGCUACAAAAUAGAACCAAGAAGAAACAAAAUUAUGAUCCUAUUAAUUUUGAAACAUUUGGUGAUCAUUCUAAUUGGGUGUUGGAGGAUUCCCCACCAUUCUUGACAAUUGAGGAGGUGGAAGUGCUAAGCAAAGAUCUUGCUAGUAUGACAAUCCAACCUAUUUCAAAUGAUAUUGAUGAAUUAAAUUUGGAUGAGGUUGAUGUUGAGGGAGAUGCACCACUUAACUCCGGAGAAAACAACCAAAGUAAUGAUAUCAUUGAUGGGGAAGAUGUUGCAAAUGCGAUUGAUUUUGUCGUAGAUGGUUUUGAUAUUGAAGGAGAUCCCAACAUUGAGAUAAUUUUACCUCAUUGGAACUAAAUUUAAUAGAUAUUUGAGUGUUUUGGUUCUAAAGUAUUCAAUUAGUUUAUGUUGCAAUUAGACUUUGUAAUUUGUACUACUUUGUUAUGUGUAAUACUUAUGUUUAAAUUUGCACUAAAUUUGUAAUUUUUAAGUGCCGAGCAAACUAUAUUUGUGCUUUUUAAGAGCCUUAAACUAUAUGGAUUAUUAGUAUUUUCAGCACCUAA